AUGUUCAAGUCAAAACCUGAGAGAAAUCAAGACAGUUCUCCCCAAUCUCAUAGCGAAGCAACAAAUGUUCAAGCGAAACUACCUAAAUUAGUCAUCACUAAAUUUAACGGGUCAUUUACUGAUUGGAACAGAUUCUGGGGUCAAUUUACGGAGUCAAUUGACAAAUCCAGUUUGCCAGCGAUUACUAAAUUCUCAUACUUGAGGGAACUGUUAGAAGACAAAGUGAGAAAAACUGUAGAAGCGCUGCCAUACUCAGCAGAGGGUUAUGAUAGAGCGGUAGCCAUCCUUAAAGAGAAGUACGGGAAGGAACGGGAGAUUGUUAAAGCUUAUGUGAAGGAAAUAUUAGAGCUUCCCCCAGUUCACACAGCCAAUGCAAGGAAGAUUCAUGAGUUCUGUGAGAAACUAACAUACAAUGUGCAAUCACUCCAGACCAUGAAUAAACUUUCUCAAGUAGAUGGAGCAGUGGCAAUGACUUUAGAUAAAUUACCAGCUAUCAGAGGAGAUCUCGUUCGCACAGACCAAGACUGGGAAAAUUGGGAUUUUGUACAACUUACAGAGGCCCUUCGACUGUGGGCAAGAAGAAACCCGAUCACUGAGAACUCCAACUCCGAAGACAAGGAUCGAAGACGAGACAGAAUGGGUCGGACUUACCACACUCGCCAAGGGACUGGGGCACAACGUGUGUGUGUAUAUUGCAAUGCUACUGAUCAUAAAUCAACAAGCUGCCCAACAGUUAAAACAUCAGAGGAGCGCAGAAAAAUACUAGCAAGUAAAAAACUGUGUUUCAACUGUACUGGAGCCUCCCACCGAGCAGCGGAAUGCAAAAGUACUGUGACCUGUCACGACUGUGGUAGACGACAUCACACCUCAAUCUGUGAAAAUCCAAAGAAACCUGAGGGGUUCAUGUCAGCCCAUAGAGCAGAAGACAACCAAGUUAUUUAUCCAGUGGUGGUCAUUGAAGUUGAUGGUAUAAAAACAAGAGCUCUACUUGACACCGGCUCAGGGAGUUGCUAUGCCUCAGCCAAACUUAUAGAUGCUUUGAACAAGAAACCGAGGGAGAUCCAAACAAAACGGAUUGAAAUGAUGCUGGGAUCAACAACAACCAGAGUUGAAAUCUACCCUGCAACUAUCAAAGGAGCUGAUUGUCAAUUCACAAUGGAAGUCGAACUAUCCAAGGUCCAUAAGCCACAACUGAUGGAAAUUGAUAAUCCUCGGUAUGAAGAGUUGUUAAGCAAGUACAGCCAUUUGAAGGGAGUAAGAAUAGAUGAUCCUGAUGACAAACCACACCUUCCAAUACAUGUAGUUCUCGGAGUUAAUGAGUAUGCCAGCAUCAAGACAACAACUGCACCGCGAGUUGGGAAACCUGGGCAACCCAUUGCUGAACGUACUCGCUUGGGUUGGGUCUAA